CCUAAAAGUGGUUUCGAUCAGCUCGGCCGGCUAUAGAUUUGCUCACCUACAAAAACAUCGGAGAAAGAGUUUGGGUGGAAGGAAAAUGAAGAAAUGCCGUUGUUGAAGUAUUACUGCGAUUACUGUGAGAAGCAAUUUCAGGACACACCAGCCGCUAGGAAGCGACAUCUCCAAGGCGUCCAGCACCAGCGUGCCAAAGCUCUCUACUACCAAAACUCCUCCUCCUUUUUACCAGCAGAUGCCAAUCACCAGAAGCAUCCUGAGUCCUUCGGGAAAGGAGUCUGCAAUCGAUUCCUCAGAACAGGAUCAUGCCAAUAUGAUGAUUCGUGUAAAUAUUAUCACCCCAGGCAAAACUUCCAGAGUUUAAAUCCUCAAGUCAUACCAGCAGAUAAUAUUCAUUCACCAAGUAUUGCCGAGAGUCAACUAGUUGGAGGAGGACCUUUUCCAGGUGGUACGGUUAGGGAUGGUAUGGGAAUUUCGCUGGGUAACCUACCUCCAUCACUUAAGCCACCGCCAGAGGGUGGAUAUCCUCCUCUUCCAUUUAUUGAUUGGGGAUAUUGAUUGGGUAUAGUAUGAGAUGCGGGUAGCUGUAGAGAAAGGAGCUCAUAUGUUCUUUGUUCUAACUUCCAAGUCAAUAUGGAGCUGGUACCAUGAUUUCUGAGUGGCUGAAGUGAGUUCUCUUUGUUCCUCCAUUACAUUUGAAUAAUAUUAUCAGUAGGGCUUGUCAUGCUUGUGUCUUUACCUGAACCGCUUUGCACACUUGGGAGUCCAUUUGCUUGGUAUUAGAGCGUUGACAGUGCAAGCAAGAGGAAACUGAAACCUGUAACCUGAGCCGACUUCAACUAAUAAGACUGAGUUGGAUCUAUGUUGCUCUCCUCUGUUUGUCCCAUCUUGCUACAUCUGUAUUUCAAGUACCAUUGAAUUAUAUUAUAUUCUCCUAUUAUCUUCUGAAAUGACAAUACAACUAUAAUUACAAGAUCUCGUUGAAGAUUUGUGUAAA